AUACCAUCCAUACCAGUGUUGGGGAAUGUUGACCUCACCUUCCGGAAGUGUGGCAGAAAACCCUCCAAUUUGCAUUUCCAUGUUGACAAUUUGACCCUCUUUUGGAUUGUUUAAACUACUGUUUUUCUUUUUUAUUGAUUAUUGAUUAAAUCUUUAUUUCCUUAUUUUAUUAUUUCAAUCUUAUUUUUUGACCCACGGUUGUCUCCCGGAUCCGGAAGGGACCUCUUCUAGCUGGCCGAGUGACUCGCUCUAUUCGGUGUUUGGAAUUUUUUUUUUUCAGAGCUGAAUUUUUUUCACUUUUUUUCUUUUUUUUUUUUUUUUUUUUAUUUCAGAGAGAAGAUAUAAACCCGGAAGUUUUCCUCGGUCGUUUGCAAACGGGGAGCGAUGGAAGACUCUCAUUUUAAUUCUUCGUAUUUCUGGUCUCCGGUCUCCACGGGGCAGAUUGAGAACACCAUGUUUAUCAAUAAGAUGAAGGACCAGCUUGUCUCGGUAGACAAGGCUGGCAGCUUCGCUCCCCCUGGCAGCACCUCUCACUACCCCACAGCCGUGCUCACCAUGCCAGGCGCCGCGGUUACUAUGGAGACGGGCCGAGGAGGGGGGAAGCCUCAGGAGGCGGGGGGGCACCUCCACCCCCCCCACACCUCCCAGCAGAACAUCACUGUGGUCCCAGUACCAUCCACUGGGAUCAUGACUGCUGCUGAUUACCCAGAAUACAUCACUUCCCCUGCCGUGCAGUGCCUGUCCGCACGAGUACACAAUACAACUGUACAAUACUACACAACCACAGGUCUGGUGAUCACCACUCCCCAGGGAGCGCUCGUCUCCUCUGCCCCGCCAGGCUCAGUAGCCGGUCAGUCCUUCUCAGUGGCCGGAGUCACUGGUCAUCCUUCAGCUGCCACCAUGAUAGUGUCCACGCUGCACCCCUCCCCUGGCACAGCGCCACCUGCAGGUGAGAAGCCCAAACCCCCCCCAUCCUCCUCGGAGCCCCCCCCUCACCCCUCUCCCUCCUCCUCUCACACCCACCCAGCGCCCCCACCUCUCCACACCCCGGGCAAGCGCGGGCGCAAGAAGAAGCAGCCAGGAGGGGGCGGAAUCAACAGAGCCAUCAUGACAGCACACUCCGCCAUCACUGGCGGCAACCAGGCCAUGAUACUGGCACACCUAGCAGCAGGGGGGCAGCACCACAGCUCUGACCCCUAUGACCUUGGCAAUGAAGAUGAAGAGACAAUCACAGCGAAGGACGGCAGCAGGUCCUAUCGCUGUCGUAUGUGUGCCGUGACUUUCUUCUCCAAGUCUGAGAUGCAGCUCCAUUCUAAAACUCACACUGAGAACAAGCCCCACAAAUGCCCGCACUGCUCCAAGACCUUCGCCAACUCCAGCUACCUGGCGCAGCACAUCCGCAUCCACUCAGGGGCCAAGCCCUACACCUGCUCCUACUGCCAGAAGGCAUUCAGGCAGCUGUCCCAUCUGCAGCAGCACACCAGAAUCCACACUGGAGAUAGACCCUAUAAAUGUGCACAUCCCGGUUGUGAGAAAGCCUUCACCCAGCUCUCGAACCUGCAGUCCCACAGAAGGCAGCACAAUAAAGACAAGCCCUACAAGUGCCAUCACUGCCACCGCGCGUACACGGACUCUGCCUCGCUGGAGGUGCAUCUCAGCACUCACACGGUUAAACAUGCCAAGGUGUACUCCUGCGGUAUGUGCAACCGCGCCUACACCUCGGAAACGUACCUGAUGAAACACAUGCGGAAGCACAACCCUGAUCCCAGUAACCCAGUGCAGCAAAACCAGUCUGCCCAGUCCAGCAGCUCCCAGCAGCAGCAAGGCUCUCAGAACCAGUCAAACCAACCCCACUACACAAACCAGUCCGAGCCCAACCCAGGCCAGUGCCCCUUUGACCUGCACCAGUACAAACCAGUAUCGGCUGCUGAGCUGCAGUACAAACCAGUACAGAACCAGUCAGACCACCAACAACAUAAAGACCUGUGUCUGACUGUGUCCACCUCUGCUAUCCAAGUGGUGGAGCAUUUGAAUUCAUAAGAGAGGGGAGAGAGAAGAGAGAUAGACAGGGAGAGGAGUGAGACGGGGAGGGGAGGAGUGCAGUGGGGAGAGGAGUGAGGAAAGGAGUGAGGUGGGGAGAGGUGGUAAGGCAGUGAACACAGAAUUCCACACAAAAUCAUGAUUUUAAAAUACUCACGGCUUCAAAUGCCAUUGAAACAGAUUUGUAAUCCUUCCAUUUGUUUGUAGCCAUUAUGGAUGGUUCCAGUGGGUGUGCUCUAAUAUUAAGGUAUGUUAUCAUUAGUCAAUUGGAUAACAAAAAAAGAUUUUAAAAUGUCAGUAUCGCAGCAACUGAAUUGGGAUUCAUUCAUAAUGUGUGCAAACAUGCUAAGCGGUGAGGGAGGGGCUCACAGCACACUUCAUACAGCAGAGCGAGCGGUGAGGGAGGGGCUCACAGCACACUUCAUACAGCAGAGCGAGCGGUGAGGGAGGGGCUCACAGCACACUUCAUACAGCAGAGCGAGCGGUGAGGGAGGGGCUCACAGCACACUUCAUACAGCAGAGCGAGCGGUGAGGGAGGGGCUCACAGCACACUUCAUACAGCAGAGCGAGCGGUGAGGGAGGGGCUCACAGCACACUUCAUACAGCAGAGCGAGCGGUGAGGGAGGGGCUCACAGCACACUUCAUACAGCAGAGCGAGCGGUGAGGGAGGGGCUCACAGCACACUUCAUACAGCAGAGAGGCUGGGCAGAGGCAUGGCAUUGGUUUGAAAGGGUGUGUGAGUUGGUAUUUACUGAGUCCUUUACUGAUCUUUUUCAUUGUUAUUAGCUGUAUAUAAUAUUAGAGCUACUUAUUAUAACCUCAUCACUCUCAACCACAGGGGGUGCCAUUUUCUGUGUAAUAAUUUGUAACCCAUUGUAUAUCAUUUGUAUAACCUGCUCAUUCAAAAGUGAUGAGAGGACAGUCUAAUAUAUAGAUAUCUAUUGAUUACAGUAUGUAUGUAUGUAUGUGUGCAUAUAUAUAUAUAUAUAUAUAUAUAUAUAUAUAUAUAUAUAUAUAUAUAUAUAUAUAUAUAUUAUAUACAUGCAGUCACACAGGGGCUUCUCUGUCCAGUGUAGAGUGCUGAAUACUGGCACAGAACAAGCAGUGUGGGGCACAAUGAAGCAAUUAGUUAAUAAAAAGCCCUGCCCUAGGGGGCUGUUGACAUGGAAGGUGACCAUAUAUACAUAUAUGUCUAUAUUUGUUUUUAUAUUGAUAUUUUUUUAAUUGCUUUAUUGUGCUCCACAUUGCGUGUUCUGUGCUAGUAACCCAGGAGCAGCAAUGAAAAGCCUUCAAACUGCAGUCACAUCCUUCCUGCCCCUUUACCUUUCUGUGAUGUUCCUACUCGGGUAGAGGAGAGCAGCUUCACACACAGUAACACACAGCACCGGAGUCACUGCUGUUAGACCUGUUAGAAUGAUUGCAGACAUGUGAAACGAGCUCCUGGUCCCAGUGCACAGGUGUUAGGCCUCUCAGAAUGAUUGCAGACAUGUGAAACAAGCUCCUGGUCCCAGUGCACAGGUGUUACAUCACUGCUGUUGGAUCUCUCAGAAUGAUUGCAGACAUGUGAAACAAGCUCCUGGUCCCAUUGCACAGGUGUUAGGCCUCUCAGAAUGAUUGCAGACAUGUGAAACAAGCUCCUGGUCCCAGUGCACUGCUGUUAGGCCUCUCAGAAUGAUUGCAGACAUGUGAAACGAGCUCCUGGUCCCAGUGCACAGGCCUUACAUCACUGCUGUUAAACAUCUCAGAAUGAUUGCAGACAUGUGAAACAAGCUCCUGGUCCCAGUGCACUGCUGUUAGGCCUCUCAGAAUGAUUGCAGACAUGUGAAACAAGCUCCUGGUCCCAGUGCACUGCUGUUAGGCCUCUCAGAAUGAUUGCAGACAUGUGAAACGAGCUCCUGGUCCCAGUGCACAGGCCUUACAUCACUGCUGUUAGACCUCAGAAUGAUUGCAGACAUGUGAAACGAGCUCCUGGUCCCAGUGCAAAGGCAUUGCAUCACUGCUGUUAGACCUCUCAGAAUGAUUGCAGACAUGUGAAACGAGCUCCUGGUCCCAGUGCACAGGUGUUACAUCACUGCUGUCUGUACAGGAAGCGCAAUAAGUUGUUUGUAAGGAAGGAGUCCGCUUUUUAAACACGGCUCACUGUCACUGGGGAAGAAAAAACAAAAAGGCUUGUUAUAUAUUUUAAUUGUUUAAGGAUUUCCAUCAAUUUUUUAAAAAAUUUGUUUUAUUUGUAUAGUGUAAUGUGUGUUUUUUUUUUUGCCUUCAUAAAUGCAACCACCAGUUGCUUAAUAAUAAUAAUAAUAAUAAUAAUAAUAAUAAUAAUAAUAAUAAUAAUAAUAAUAAUAAUAUUUUUCUCUUGUAAAAUACAAUAAAUAAAAUUAUAAUAAAAGUUUACAAUUUAUAAAACAAAAGGGAAUUCAUUUCUAGCCUGGACACAAAUCAACAGCAUGUUUAUUAUUAUUAUUAUUAUUAUUAUUAUUGUUUCAUCAUCAUUGCUAUUGUUCUAUCUACUGUCUAUAGAGUUGAUUGUUAAGCUAUCCUGCAUAGACUUUUCAAAAUUAAAUACAGAAAAAUUAAAUACAGAAAAAAUAACAGUGUUCUUGUUUAAAAAAAUACAUAAUAAACAAUUAAAAAGCAAA